CGUCUAUGGGCCAAGCCCGCUUGAACCCACUAAUACGCUGACAAUAAAAAAUUAAACUAAAAUUCUAGGGCUUGUCGUGUGUGAACUUGGAAUUCCAUGGACGACAUGGCUGCCUACUACUCACAGCCCCAACCGUCGGACCUUCUCUCUUACCAGUACUAUCAACCGCCGCCUCCGCCGCCUCCGCCGCCUCCGCCGCUGAUGGCGGUGGUGCCACCUCCCCCCGGCGCGGUUGUCCAGCCGGCGCACCACGUCCAUCCGUCGUACAUGGCUCAGCAUCAAGCGGUGUUCGCUUCAUACGGUGUUUCCCAAUCCUCCACACACGAGGUUCGCACUCUAUUCGUCGCUGGCCUCCCUGAAGACGUCAAACCCCGCGAAAUCUACAACCUGUUCCGCGAAUUUCCCGAUUACGAGUCUUCGCAUCUUCGGAGCCCCUCCAAUUCGUCGCAGCCUUUUGCUUUCGCUGUGUUCGCGAGUCAGCAGUCAGCAAUCAUGGCAAAGCAUGCUCUGAAUGGACUGGUGUUUGAUCUUGAAAAGGGUUCCACUCUUUAUAUUGAUCUGGCAAAAUCAAACUCUAGAUCUAAACGCACAAGGAUAGAUGACGAGAGGGCUGGCGCGGAUAAGAAAGCUAGAGGCCUUACACCAUCAUGGGCCACUCCUGAUUCUGCACUAGCAGGUGUUGGCAGCAUUCACAUGCCAGGAAUGGGUAAUCCUGCUUUCAACACGAACAUGUUUGGUUAUCCAUCUGCACAAAGUCUUGGGAAUGCUGAUGGGAGUACCAUGAGUGGCGGUCUAUUUGCGAAUCUGAAGAAGUCUUCUACUCCUUACGUUCCUCAAAACUCAACCCCAUGUGCAACUUUAUUUGUAGCUAAUCUGGGGUCGUCUUGUAAUGAACAAGAGCUAAUCCAAGUGUUUUCUAGAUACCCUGGGUUUUUGAAACUGAAGAUGCAGAGCACGUACGGGGCUCCAGUUGCAUUUGUUGAUUUCCAGGAUGUUGGUAGCUCAACUGACGCUCUAAACAGUCUGCAAGGCACAAUUCUUCACUCCUCACAAUCUGGCGAGGGAAUGCGUGUAGAAUAUGCUAAAUCGCGUAUGGGCAUGCGGAAGAAGCCCAAUAGAUAAUAACGAGAAUCACUCAUGACAUGACGCCUUUGAGCUGCGCUUUGAGUUGUUGUUUAAUAUUUGCGGCUACAUUGGUAAAGUUCUCGUGUAUUUUAUCCACUGUAAAUUUAUAUCAAAGCUACCUUUUACAGCUUUUUAAAGAUUGAUGAAAUACUUUCUAUUUUAUUUGAUGUAUGUUAUAUUCUGUACUUUUGUUGGUGUAUAUUGUAGCUUAAUAAAAUUGAUGAUAAAAGUCAACAGUUAAGAUAGUAGUCAUUUGACAUUUU